AUGCCGGAGAAGGCGGUGGACGACGUCAUGGAGGCCGCGGUGGGGGCCCACUUCAGCGGCCUCCGCCUCGAGGCGCUGCGCCUCUCCACCUCCGCCCCCUCUUCCCCUUCCUCCUCCCCCGCCGCCGCGGCGCACGCGCACUCCAACGGCGCCGUCUACGCCAACGGCACCGCCGAGCUCCCCUCCCCUGCCGCUGCCCGGCAGCCUUUCGUCAUCGGGGUUUCUGGAGGGACCGCGUCGGGGAAGACGACGGUGUGCGACAUGAUUAUCCAGCAGCUGCACGACCACCGCGUCGUGCUCGUUAGCCAGGAUUCAUUCUACCGUGGCCUAACUGCUGAAGAGUCUGCACAUGCACAAGACUACAAUUUUGAUCACCCUGAUGCAUUUGAUACAGAACAACUUCUGGAAUGCAUGGGACAACUGAAACGUGCUCAGCCUGUAAAUGUUCCUAUAUAUGAUUUCAAGAAGCAUCGUCGGUGUUCUGACAGCUUUAGGAAGGUCAAUGCAUCAGAUGUCAUUAUUUUGGAGGGCAUUUUAGUCUUCCAUGAUCAGAGAGUUCGCAAUCUGAUGGACAUGAAAAUUUUUGUAGACACAGAUGCUGAUAGUAGGCUUGCGCGACGAAUCAGGCGUGAUACGGUUGAAAGAGGAAGAGAUAUUAGCUCAGUGCUUGACCAGUAUGGGAGGUUUGUGAAGCCAGCAUUCGAUGAUUUUGUUUUGCCUUCAAAGAAGUAUGCUGACGUGAUCAUUCCUCGAGGAGGUGAUAACCAUGUAGCAGUUGAUCUGAUUGUUCAACAUAUCCGUACCAAACUUGGUCAGCAUGACUUGUGCAAAAUCUAUCCGAAUGUUCAUGUUGUUCAAUCAACUUUUCAGAUCCGAGGAAUGCAUACUCUUAUUCGUGAUAGGGAAAUUACUACACCUGACUUUGUCUUUUAUUCAGAUCGAUUGAUCCGUUUGGUAGUGGAGCAUGGUCUUGGACAUUUGCCAUUUACAGAAAAGCAGGUCAUUACUCCAACAGAGUUAUGGAGUAAUUUUAGCUUUAUUUAUACCUCAUUUAAUUGCAGUGGUGAGAGUAUGGAGAACGCAUUGCGUGCUUGUUGUAAAGGAAUAAAAAUUGGUAAAAUUUUAAUUCAUCGUGUUGGAGACAAUGGACAGCAGCUUGUUUAUCACAAACUGCCAAUGGAUAUUGCUGAACGACAUGUUCUACUUCUGGAUCCAGUGCUUGGUACAGGCAACUCAGUGGCCCAAGCAAUUGACCUUCUUAUAAGAAAAGGUGUUCCUGAGGGUCGGAUCAUUUUCCUCAAUCUCAUCUCGGCUCCUGAAGGGAUUCAGUGUAUUUGCAAGCGAUUUCCUUCGCUGAAGAUUGUAACGUCUGAAAUCGAUUAUGGUCUGAACGAGGAAUUCAGGGUGAUACCAGGACUGGGAGAAUAUGGUGACCGCUACUUCGGCACAGACAAUUGA